ACUACAAGUUCCAGAAGCCAAUGGGGCCUCACAUCCGUUUUACACCUCGUCUCCUCUCGGCUAAAUCCUGGUGCAAAAAUGGCUGGAAGUAGCACCGGGUCCAGAAACAAUAUCCCCGAUUAUGAGACGGUGGAUCUGAACACUCGGGCGUUCCACGUGGGCGCUUUUGGGUCUCUUUGGAAGGAGGCGCUGCUCCAGGAAGACGUGUCUCUCCAGCAGGCAGAACCUGCGGACGACGAAGCGGCGGUGAUGGAAGAUUUUCUCUGCACGCCGGAGAUCGCGGCAGAGCUGAAGGCUGUGUGCAGCAUUGCUGCACUGAAGAGCUCUGAUAAAGAAGAUACAGAAGUGAUACCUGAAGAUACCAACUUAAUAACUCUUAAAAUUCGGCAGAAAGCUCUGGAGAGGCGAGAAGAAACCAUCCUUGUUGAUCGUGCAUGUAGACAAGAAACAUUUAUUCAUGAGAUGGAAUCUCAUGCAAUUGGAAAAAGGCCCAAAGAUCCUGGGAAUAUGAUUGACGAAGCUGAACUUGUGUUAACUCUCAACAUUUUUUAUCCAGUUAUAUUUCAAAAGCAUAAGCUCCGGAAGCCAUAUCAGACACUGUUGGUCCUAGGGAGCCAAAAACUUACCGAGCUUCGAGAUUGCAUUUCUUGUGUUAGUGACCUUCAGAUUGGUGGGGAGUUCAGCAAUAAUCCUGCUCAGGCCCCAGAAAAUAUCAGCAAGGAUCUCUAUAAGUCUGCCUUCUUUUACUUUGAAGGUGUUUUUUAUAAUGAUAGCAGGAGUGCUGAAUGCAGAGAUUUGAGCAGGACAAUUACUGAGUGGGCAGAAUCCCGCGACCGAGGUUAUGGAACUCUUCAGGCCACUAAAAUGGAAGACUACACCUUUAAUGAUUUGAACAUAAAAAUAGGUUUCCCGUACCUUUAUUGUCAUCAAGGAGAUUGCGAGCACAUUGUUAUUAUCACAGAUAUCAGGCUUAUUCAUCGAGAUGACUGCCUAGACAGAAGCCUCUAUCCCUUAUUAACAAAAAAACAUUGGCUAUGGACUAAAAAGUGUUUUGUGUGCAAAAUGUACACAGCCAGUGACAGCAAUUGAAGCCCUAUUAUUAACCCAAGGACAACAGUCAAGAAAUACAUCGUGUACUACCAUUUAUUGGAGCAGCCAUUAAGGCCUUGGAAAAGAUAUUCAAAAUUUGCGAUGUACAGUAUCUAUACCCACAAAGACGAGAAUUGUGCAAGCCACGGUAUUCCCCGUGACAAUUUAUGGAAAUGAAAAGAGGACUUUUGAAGAAGCAGAAUAGCAGGAGUGUUGGAGAAGACCUGAGGAUUUUGUGGACAGCCAAGGAAACUAACAAAUGCAUCAUCAAACCAAUCGACCCAGAAUUUUCAUUUCAGCCUGGCACAAUUGACCACACUCAAAUUAUCCUGCUUUUAAAACAAUAUGCAAAAACCCAGCUCUCUGGAAAAGGUUCUAAUGAUGGGAAAGGUGGAAGGAAUGAGAACAAGAGGACGACCAGGAGCAAGUUGGAUGGACUUUACAGUGGUGAAAAACAGUUACACUGUUGGAAAACCUGAAAGACCAGUUUAGGGAUAUCAUGGAGAAAAUAUAUGCAACUUCUAGGACUCAAAAAAUUGACUUGCUGCCACAUAAUAAAUCAGUGGUAAGAAAAAUCUGAGUUACAAUCACCCCAGUUGAUCUCAGUUCUAGAUCCCGAGAACAUCCAAAACGAGUACAUGCUUCAGUAUCUGCCAGUCCAUGGUAUGAGCUGGGGAAAUAGAGCUUGCAAAUAAUUUCUAUCAGAUCAGCCUCUAUUAAAGACUAUGCGUGUGGUAGGUGUAUGUUACGCUGACUCUGUUGCAUCCCAACCUUCACUCCUAUAUCGGGUUUACACAAUGAACAAUAAAUUAGGUAGAAAACAUUACAACUCUUUAAUUCCACCAAUCCCUGGAGCUGCCAUGGGGAACAGCUGGAUGUCUGGUUUGUAUUCAGUAUUUAAGGAAGAAAUGACUCCUCCGAGCCUCCCCAACCAGAGGACCCAGCUGUCAAAUUCUAAUUAAAUUUUCCUCCCACCAGCUGUGUAUUUGUGUUUUGGCAACUUGGUUAAUGAUGUUAGCAUUUAAGUGGUCAAAUAUCAAAGCCCAGUUUGUAGCAAAAAUAAAUUUUUCUUCUCUUCGGAUUUGAUUCCUUAUCAAGGGAGAGAGAGAGUGACUCCAUUUUGAUUUGACUCAUCAUAUUUAUGCUGUGACGAUUUGUGAUUAGUUGUUCUCCAUCCUUAAAACAGUUUGGAUAUCAGGGCAAUUUAAACCUGUUUACAACAAAAGUUUAAAUUCCUAUGUUGGUUGAAACUGGGGAGGAGCGGCAAAAUAAUGCAAUGGGGAUGAAAGAAGAAUAAUGUUACAGUACUUAUAACUUAGCAUUGUAAGAUUGCAUUCCUUGUACAUUAACUCACAGAACUAUAUUCAGACUUUUCAGCUAAAUGCAUUCUUCUUCUCUGGGAUUUGGUUAAGAGUGUGGUUUAAUACAGGGAUCUCCAACCUUGUCA